GAUUCGCGGAAAUCGUACCCGAAACGUUGUCGCUACGGUUUAUGUUACGCGUUAUCCGCUUCCUUCGGUUCCGUUUACCGAUUCCUGAUUGAAAAGUGACCCCCCGUAAGCCGAACGAUGUCCGACGAUGAAGAGCUAGUUUACGUGAAACGUCCUAAAACCAUUCACUAUGGUUCGUUGGAGGAUUCGGAGCGCUCCCGGCAGCAGAAGGAAUCGGCGUCGGGUGGAACGGACAGUUACGGAGCGAGUAGCAGCGGAACUGGUGCCGGCAGCAGCAGUGACCUGGGUCAAAUUUUUACCUCUAGCGAUUAUUUCGAUUUGGAAGCUGAAGUGUCCAAGGAUAAGGCCGCUCUGUUGGAGGAAUUCGAGCGGAAGAAAAAAGCCCGGCAAAUCCACGUCAGUACGGAUGAUGCGGAAGUUAAGAAAAAUCUGAGGGCUUUGAAUGAGCCGAUCUGUUACUUUGGGGAAGGCCCGGCUGAGCGGCGAAUUCGAUUGAAGGAACUGCUUUCCUCGCUUGGAGAAGGAGCUAUACCGCAGAAGACUACCAAGGAGGACGAGAAGAGGGCUCCGGCCCAGAAGGAACAGGAAUCUACCUGGUACCAUGAGGGACCGGAAUCGCUGAGAGUGGCGAGGAUUUGGUUGGCGCAUUAUUCUCUGCCCCGGGCCAAACAGCGGCUCCAGGAUGCGAGUGAGUUGAUGUCGAUCCCUAGUGCUACCAAAGCCGGUCGUAUGGUGGAACUGCAGAAGCGUAUCCAAUCGUUGGCCCCUCAGUGCAGUCAGGUGGGAGAUGUUCGUCCCAUCAGUAACUGUUGCUUCAAUGAGGACUCCAGCUUGCUCAUGACAUCGAGCUUCAGUUCCAUGUGUAAGGUUUGGUCUGUUCCGGAUUGUAAUUUGGUACAAACCUUACGGGGACAUCAGUUCUAUGUGAGCGCUAUUGCAUUUCGGAACGGUGUGGCUACCGAUUCCAAGGGUGAGGUAGCAAUGGCUUCCGGUUGUCAUGACGGGACCGUGAAGCUUUGGUCAUUCGACAGCGAAGAAGCGAUAGCCGAUAUUAACGGUCAUGUACCGAAUCGAGUUUCCCGUUUAGCAUUCCAUCCGUCCGGGAGAUUCCUGGGAACGGCAUGUUAUGACGCAUCCUGGCGGCUGUGGGAUUUGGAACAGAAGCAAGAAGUUCUUCACCAGGAAGGACACGCCAAAGCCGUCCAUUGUAUUGCGUUUCAGAUCGAUGGUAGCGUUUGCGUGACCGGUGGAUUGGAUGCUUUUGGUCGGGUUUGGGAUCUUCGCACCGGUCGAUGUAUAAUGUUCCUGGAGGGUCACCUGAGUGCCAUCUAUGGGGUGGAUUUUUCUCCGAACGGAUAUCACAUUGUGACGGGAAGCCAGGACAAUAGUUGCAAAAUUUGGGAUCUGCGACGACGAAACCCGGUUUAUACGAUUCCGGCCCAUACGAACCUGAUUUCGGAUGUGAAGUAUCAGAAAAAUGGCGGCCACUUUCUGGUGACGGCCAGCUACGACAACACCGCCAAGAUAUGGUCCAACAAAACGUGGCAACCGCUUAAGACGCUGUCCGGCCACGACAGCAAGCUGAUGAGCGUGGACAUUUCCCCGGAUUCGCAGUACAUUGCGACGACUUCCUACGAUCGAACGUUUAAGCUGUGGAGCCCCGAAUGAGGCUUGGAAUGGAGAUUGGAAAUAAAGAAUGUGUUUUUCAAUAAA